AUGAUCAGCGCCCCACGUACAUUCAGGAACCUGCUUGACACUCUCGCUCUUGUUCGCCGGCUCGCCAUUCAACCUUUCAACACGCCAGUCAUAUGCAGCCAAGGGGUCAAUGGGGUCCCUUGGGUGCAUGUGAUGCGACUCGACACUCUCACUCUUGCUCGCCGGUGCGUUACUCACAUGAUCAGCGCCCCACGUUCAUUCAGGAACCUGCUCGACACUCUUGCUCUCGUUCGCCGGCUCGCUAUUCAACCUUUCAACACGCCAGUCAUAUGCACCCAAGGGGUCGAUGGGGUCCCUCGGGUGCACUUGAUCAACCUAAUCAAUACUCUCGGUCUUGCUUGCCAGCUCAUCACUCUAGUGUUCAACCAGAUGACAAAUCUACUAGAUAUUGUCGAUCUUGCUCGCCGACUGGCGACAUCAUCCCAAACCACACCAAGCUUACCCAGCGUCAAAAACGAAACAACAAGAUUCUACCCAGAAUCCGCAAUCCGUAUUUCACCAUGA